AGCCCUGCAGGGAGGCUUCUAUUCUCUACCCAAGCUAUCAGAACCUCGCCCAUGGCCCUACUACCUCCACCGUAGCAGGAGUGUGCAUCUGAGGACAUAUGACUAUUUAACACUCCUCACGCCGCGCCUCAUUCUUCCAUACAAGACAGCAAGCCUCGAUUCAUUCUUCGAUAUACUACACUCCUUUCUACACAUUCGUCGCCAGCCGACCUUUACUUUGAAAAUCUAAUCUUCAUCAUGUCUGAUGGUCUCAACGAUGCCCGCGCAAUGCGCGUAGCGGAGAUAAUGACUGAUUUCCGCAACCUUCAACACUACCUUGUCCAACUACGCGCCACACCGACAGCCGAGGAGUACUACUUAGAUGGCUAUUCUCUUCUCCGACAGUGUACGAGCGAGGCUCAGGCUAUCCUCCAGACGCCAUUCGCCAGCAGCACUCCCUCGGGAACGGGUGACCUCGAGCAUGAAAAGCGGCAAUUGAGGGCUAUUAUCAUAGAUGCAGCUGUUCGCCGCUUCCAAUGCCAGCGUGCCUACCUUCGAGCCAACGCUGGUCUCCGCUGGAUGAACAGCCGUCAGAGCAUCUUGCGUGGCGAGAAACCUAAUGCUAGUCAUAUGGCAGCAUUGCAGCAAGCUGAUGCCACAUUGAGGAAUGAACUCAUGGCCAUGACAGACGCAUACAUUUACGAUACCCUCCUUGCCGCAGAUGCAGCGCAGAAAAAAUUCCUCAUUGACGAUCCCUCGCUUGCACAAAUCCAGCAGAUCAUUAUGUCUCGACAAUAAGCGAGACCCCGUAACGAUAAUGUCCCUCAACUUUGGAUACCCCCAUUAUACUCCUCGGAUACACGCCGCCUACUCUGGCGCCAUUCAUGACUCUACGCUACGAUAUCAUGCUGCAUAACGGUCGCCUCGGCAUCGGACGAAUCCGCUCCCUCCUAUUCGCCCCACCCAUCAUGUUUCCAGACAUCCCUUUCCUUUGGAUUUCUGCCAGUUUUUUUUGAUGGCAACCAUCCUUUCUCACUCGACAACAGUGCUGGCCACGCCCUAUUUUCUUCUCCCUUUUCACAACCAUAAAGCGUUAUACAUGUAAGUUUUUCUUGGCCUUGGUCGGUCU